UAAAUUUUUGGUGAAACAUUGUGAAAUGCACGACCUUCCUUUUCGUUUAAAAGGUGAAGUUGUGAAGGGAUUCGGAAGAGGUGGAAAGGAGUUAGGGAUUCCCACUGCUAACUUUUCGGACUACGUGGUUGACAAUUGUUUACCGAAGUCCAUUCAACAGGGGAUAUACUUCGGUUGGGCCUCGUUAAAUGGAAAGAGACCGCCUUUAAAGAUGGUCACAAGCGUAGGAUGGAAUCCUUUUUAUCAAAACACAAAAAGAUCCAUAGAAACACAUAUUUUGCAGCACUUCGAGGAAGACUUUUACGGAGAGGAAUUACGAAUUGUUUGUGUCGGCUACAUUCGCGAUGAGGCCGACUUUGAGUCUGUUGGUUCACGAGAUUUUGUAUAUUAAUUUUAUUAAUAGUUAUUUUCUUGCUUUUAUAGCGUGUUAUUCCAAGUUACUAAACCCAUACUGCCGACCAAAAUAACUGACUCUUAUUUAAAGAAGAGUUAAUCGGAGCCAUACAGAAAGACAUUGAAGUCAGUAGGAAAGCUCUUGAGGAAAACUUUUCACACUUUAAAG